CGUUCCCACCCCGCCCUCCGGGGCCCCCACAGUCCUGGCCUGCCACGGAGGCUGCCCCGCACGCUGGGCCGGGGAUGGAGCCCAGGACACCUUGGCCAUCCGCAGUGGCCUCUGGGAUGAGCUGGGAGGCUGGUGGGCUCCGGACCGCAGGCAAGCCGGAGGCCGGCGUGUGCUCCCUGGCGCUGCCCUCGGACCUGCAGCUGGACCGCCGGGGCGCAGAGGGGCCGGAGGCCGAGCGGCUGCGGGCGGCCCGUGUCCAGGAGCAGGUCCGCGCCCGCCUCCUGCAGCUGGGACAGCAGCCGCGGCACAACGGGGCCGCCGAGCCCGAGGCCGGGACGGCCCGAGGUGCGUCCAGGGGGCAGUACCACACCCUGCAGGCCGGCUUCAGCUCUCGCUCUCAGGGCCUGAGUGGGGACAAGACCUCGGGCUUCCGGCCCAUCGCCACGCCAGCCUGCAGCCCGGCCUCCUGGUCCUCCCGCUCUGCCGUGGACCUGAGCUGCAAUCGGAGGCUGAGUUCUGCCCACAACGGGGGCAGCGCCUUUGUGGCCGCUGGGUACGGGGGUGCCCAGCCCACCCCUCCCAUGCCCAUCAGGCCCGUGUCCUUCCACGAGCAUGGUGGGGUUGGGAGCCGGGUCGAGUAUGACACGCUGUCCCUGCGCUCCCUGCGGCUGGGGGCUGGGGGCCCGGACGACCGCCACAGCGUGGUGUCCGAGCAGCUGGAGCCCGCGGCCACCUCCACCUACAGGACCUUUGCCUACGAGCGCCAGGCCAGCUCCAGCUCAGGCCGGGCAGGGGGGCUGGACUGGCCAGAGGCCGGCGAGGUUCCCCCGAGCCGGACCAUCCGUGCCCCUGCCAUGCGGACCCUGCAGCGAUUCCAGAGCAGCCACCGGAGCCGCGGGGUAGGCGGGACAGCGCCUGGGCCCGUCCUGGAGCCUGUGGCCCGAGCGCCAUCUGUGCGCAGCCUCAGCCUCAGCCUAGCUGACUCGGGCCACCUGCCGGACGUGCGUGAGUUCAACAGCUACUGUGGCCACCGAACCCUGCAGAGGCUCAGCAGCGGUUUCGAUGACAUCGACCUGCCAUCAGCAGUCAAGUACCUCAUGGCUUCAGACCCCAAUCUGCAGGUGCUGGGAGCAGCCUACAUCCAGCACAGGUGCUACAGUGAUGCAGCCGCCAAGAAGCAGGCCCGCAGCCUUCAGGCCGUGCCGAGGCUGGUGAAGCUCUUUAACCACGCCAACCAGGAAGUGCAGCGCCACGCCACGGGCGCCAUGCGCAACCUCAUCUACGACAACGCAGACAACAAGCUGGCGCUGGUGGAGGAGAACGGGAUCUUCGAGCUGCUGCGGACGCUGCGGGAGCAGGACGACGAGCUUCGCAAGAACGUCACGGGAAUCCUGUGGAACCUUUCAUCCAGCGACCACCUGAAGGACCGCCUGGCCAGAGACACUCUGGAACAGCUCACCGACCUGGUGCUGAGCCCCCUGUCGGGGUCUGGGGGUCCCCCCCUCAUCCAGCAGAAUGCCUCCGAGGCGGAGAUCUUCUACAACGCCACCGGCUUCCUCAGGAACCUCAGCUCAGCCUCUCAGGCCACUCGCCAGAAAAUGCGGGAGUGCCACGGGCUGGUGGACGCCCUGGUCACCUACAUCAACCACGCCCUGGACGUGGGCAAGUGCGAGGACAAGAGCGUGGAGAACGCGGUGUGCGUGCUGCGGAACCUGUCCUACCGCCUGUACGACGAGAUGCCGCCGUCUGCGCUGCAGCGGCUGGAGGGCCGCGGCCGCAGGGACCUGGCCGGGGCGCCGCCGGGCGAGAUGGUGGGCUGCUUCACGCCGCAGAGCCGGCGGCUGCGCGAGCUGCCCCUCACCGCCGACGCGCUCACCUUCGCGGAAGUGUCCAAGGACCCCAAGGGCCUCGAGUGGCUGUGGAGCCCCCAGAUUGUGGGGCUGUACAACCGGCUGCUGCAGCGCUGCGAGCUCAACCGGCACACGACGGAGGCGGCCGCGGGCGCGCUGCAGAACAUCACGGCGGGCGACCGCAGGUGGGCAGGGGUGCUGAGCCGCCUGGCACUGGAGCAGGAGCGGAUCCUGAACCCCCUGCUGGACCGUGUCCGCACUGCCGACCACCACCAGCUGCGCUCGCUGACCGGCCUCAUCCGAAACCUGUCUCGGAACGCACGGAACAAGGACGAGAUGUCCACCAAGGUCGUGAGCCACCUGAUCGAGAAGCUGCCGGGCAGCGUGGGGGAGAAGUCGCCGCCCGCGGAGGUGCUGGUCAACAUCAUAGCCGUGCUCAACAACCUGGUGGUGGCCAGCCCCAUCGCCGCCCGGGACCUGCUCUACUUCGAUGGGCUCCGAAAGCUCGUCUUCAUCAAGAAGAAGCGGGACAGCCCUGACAGUGAGAAGUCCUCCCGGGCAGCUUCCAGCCUCCUGGCCAACCUGUGGCAAUACAACAAGCUCCACCGAGACUUCCGGGCGAAGGGCUUUCGGAAGGACGACUUCCUGGGCCCAUAGGCGAAGCCUCCUGCACGAGGAGAAGGUGACGUGACCCAGCGUCCAAGGGAGAGACUCAGCUCCAGGCUGCCUGACUCAGCCCAGCCUGGAGAAGGCUGAUGACCCAGGGGCCCCUCGCUGGGACCCCUGUGUGCACUUUUGAGAGUCCUGGACCACCAGGAGGAACAGGGGCUUAUAACUGGGGACUUGGCUUCCGCAGGGAGGGGGUGGGGCAGGGCUUGAGGCUGCUCAGGUGUGUGGGGUGGUGACCCAGUCACACUGACAGAGGUGGGCUGGCUGUGGCCUGGCAGUAUCUUGGGAUAGCCAGCACUGGGAAUAAAGAUGGCCGUCAACAGUCA